CCGAAAGAACAAGAUAUUGGAUAUUGGAAUCGAGCGCGAAGAAAUCAAAUUGGUUAACACUAUCUCGUGAAAAAGGUAUUGGAUAUUGGACCUACACGAUAACAUACGACAUAGGUUGUUUGGAUUUUUCUGCCGAUUUUUCGAGGUUAAUCGAAGUUGGUACGGUUUGUGUAAAUCGUCCGCAAUAUAAUCUCGUCGAUUUCCAACUUUAUGGUACUUGAAUUCCUAUCGGAAUAGCAAGUUGUUUAAUGUUCUGGAUUUGCUAUGAUGUAUUACUACAGGGUGUAUCUUAAAUAUAUGAAAGCCAGGGGAAGAAUGUGAGAAAAGUGAAUCGUAAUUAUCCUAAUCAAGUUUGAUCUUUUGCACCAGUUUUUCCAUUGUUUACUCAAUAAAUCAAUAUUGGCAGCCAGCGGACAAGUGAUGGAGCAGUGCACUUCAGAACCAGAUAAACAAUCAGAAAAAGAUCUAGAAGAAGUAUGUGAGAAAAUGAACGUGGUAGCAGAAUCGAAUGAGGAUUCGUCGGUAAAACCAGCGACGAAAAAGACAAAGAAACAGAAAAAGAAGUCUGGAAAAUGCACAAAUGGUCACGAUGAGGUUGAGGUCACAGAAAAUGAGACAGGAGACAAUUCAAUUGACUGUGGUGAAAUCGCCCCUUCUUCCAAUAAAUCGUCAAGCAAGACAUCUAAAUCUCAAUCUCCAAAUGUCACACGUCAGACAGACCCUCCUUCUAUCCCUAUUUGUCAAUUGUAUCCCCUUGGAGACUACCCAGUUGGUGAAAUUAUUGAUUAUGAACCAAACACUGAUUGUCGUACAGCUAUCAACCGCACAACGUCAGAAGAAUGCAAAGCCCGUGACAGUGCUCAUGAAGAGAUCUAUCAACAAUUUCGUGAAGGUGCAGAGGUUCACAGGCAAACAAGAAAUUAUAUUAAAAAGUGGAUUCGUCCCGGUGUUCGUCUCAUUGACAUGUGUGAAGAACUUGAACGCACUAGCCGUGCACUCAUUUUAGAACGUGGACUAGACGCGGGUUUAGCUUUUCCAACAGCUUGUCCACUUAAUAAUUGUGCAGUUAAUUACACUCCAAACAAGGGCUGA